CGAUCGCUCAGCUAGCUAGCAUUAGCAAGAUGCAUUCGCAGCACCUAUACCCACUACCACACCGGCGUUUGAGCAACACGAUGAUAGGCUACCUGAACCUGGUGACGCUGGUGGCAUCCAUCCCCAUCAUCGGUGCAGGGCUGUGGCUGGCCCAUGGCUCUGCGGCGGUGACAUGCGAAUCCGCACUGCAGACGCCGCUCCUAGCCAUCGGGUUCAUCGUCCUCCUCAUCUCCCUGGCGGGCUUCAUCGGCGCAUGCUACCAUGUGACAUGGGCGCUGUGGCUCUACCUCCUGGCCAUGCUGCUGCUCGUCCUCGCCCUGCUCGGGAUCACAGUCUUUGGCCUGGCAGUCACGGCCGGCGGCGGCGGCGGCAGGCAAGUGCCCGGCAGGCCCUACCGGGAGUUCCGGAUCACAGAUUACUCGGCUUGGCUCCAGAGGCAUGUCGAGGUCGAUCGCUACUGGCGGGCAGCGCUCGCAUGCGUGGUCGGGUCAAGAGCCUGCCCCAGGAUAGCCGCCUGGACUCCCCUGGACUACCUCCAGCAUAAUCUCACGCCGAUACAGUCUGGAUGCUGCAAGCCACCGACAUCAUGCACAUACAACGAGCAAGGCAUACCCAUCGCUGCGCCGGCGCAAGACGAGGAGGACUGCUACCGGUGGAACAAUGCCCCCAGCGUCCUGUGCUACCAGUGCGACUCGUGCAAAGCCGGAGUGCUGGAGCAGGUGCGCCGAGACUGGCACACCAUCACCAUCCUCAAUGUCAUCGUCCUUGUUCUACUCAUAGCCAUCUACUCCUGUGGCUGCUGUGCUUUCCGCAAUGCUCGCCGUGCCGACUACACAUACGGUGGCAUGUCGUCCAAGACCAAUCCACGAUGGGAUUACUUCUGGUCAAGGUGGUGGAAUGGCCAUAGAGAGCAGCUGUAUUAAUUAGUGAUGCUAUAGGCUAGUAGUAUGUUUAAGUGAUAACUAGGUGUAUGCCCGUGCGUUGCUACGGAGUCAAGAUAUAAUGGUAAAAUACAUUGAGAUGUGAAGUAUUAUGAUGCCCUCUACUCUCUAUAUAAAUCCAUGGUGAAGAGGGACCUCCGCACCUGUCUUCACAGUGAAACCAUGUGAAGCUCUGGCAGCUCCCGCAUGAAAAGAAAGGCAGGAUUCAGUUUCUCAAUGUCGACGGUUGACGCCUUUCUGUAUCGUGUCCUCCAAUGUUUCAUUGUUCACUGCACUCUGCACAGAGUGGACCUAUUGGAAGAGAUUACUGCACCAUAGUCAAUGGACAGUAGAGCACUGUGGAUUUCUAAGCAGGACAUCAUGAUUUCCACCUGGGCAAACAAUGACACAGUGGAGCCACCAAAGCCCAGAAUCCUGAAAUACACAAUAUGGAAGGAAUUUAAGAUCUUUACAGAACCAGAGGAAACGAAGAGUAAUAAGCUGACUUU